AUGAAACUACUUUUGUAGUAUAUUUCAUUUGAUGUGUACAGUUCAUCUUAGUCAUCCGUUUAAAAUUGUGUUAACAGGUCUAGUUUUCCGAGCGGCAGCUCGCUGCCGCUUACCUCAUAACCUCUGAUGACGUUUAUGGCGCCAGAAAUCAAGGCUUUAGUGAGGCGCUCAUGUGAGUCAGCUGGUGGAGAUAUACAACCAUCUGUAAUAUGUCAGCGGUACUGUAAACGACAGACAUUUUAAUGUAGACUAUCAGUUUAUUGCCCGUAGUUUAUAUUAUUAUAAGGUUGUUUAAGAGUCAAGAUGGUGGUACUACGCAGCAGCGGCAGUGUCGGAGCGGAGCCGGUAGCAUCAACGCCGAAGAGGAGGUCGAUCGAGUUGGAUACGAGCUCCGAGUUUCUCUCGCUGCUUCCCGCGUCGCAGAGAAAGUCCGCCCGGCUGACCCGUUCUUCCCGAGGCCCAAAUGACAGCUUUAGCAGCUCUGAAAACAACACGGCGAAUGGACAUGCUGAUAUGAAGCAGGAGGAGGGCAGUGGUCUCCACCACUAUCUGAGGACCAGAGGACAAAGAGUUAAAUUGGAGGUCUCGUUUGCGGACGCGAGACCCAAGACCAGCUCCCCUGUGGAUGAGGACAAAGUUGGAGGUUGCUGCACCAGGAAAUCUUCUCGGCUACAAAGAGAUGGAAAGGCAUCCAGUGGUAAGCAGCAAGCAGAUGUUCCAGAUGAAGUGGAGGGGUCAUCCACUCCCAAGAGGAGUCGCUUUAACCUGCGAAGACCAGAAGUGGAGGAGGAAGAGGACGAGGAUCAUCGCUCUGUGCGUCGUAGCUCCCGAAUCACCAGAUACAAACUGGAUUCCCGUAAGCAGUCAGUGCUGUAUGACCGCCUCAUCACUAACACCGCUGAAGCUGUUCUCCAAAAGAUGGACGACAUGCAGAAGAUGAGACGCAGGCUGGGGAGCCGAGACCGAGAUAGAGACGCUAAAGAAGAGCUGAGCAUGUACACAAGUGGCAGAAUGAGAAGGAACAAUGUGAAGACUAAAGAAACGGAGAAGGAGAACCAAGGAGGGGAUGAGGAUGAUAACGAUGAUGAAGAGGAGGAGGAGGAAGAUGGAGACGAGGACGAGGAGGAGGAAGAAGAUGAUGAUGAGGAGGGCGAAGAUGAGGAAGAGGAAAACCAACAACGCUAUGACUUCAGACAGCGAAAGACUGUGGUCCGCUAUCAGGCUCCACUAGAUGAACCCAGAGAGACCAGGAAGCGCAGCAUGUACUUCAAGGACCACCCCUCAUCUACCAGGCACAGAUUCAGAUUCAGCUCUACAGCCCCCAGGAGCCCCUACAACAGGAGGAGAACCAGCAGGAGUAGUUCUGAGAGGAGGAGGCAUGCCAUCCACAGCAGCGACUCCACAUCCUCCUCCUCAGACGACGAGCAAUUCCAGAGACGGAGAAGUAAGAACAGGAGCCGGUCGGUCAACAGAUGUCUACCUAUGAACCUUGUGAAAGAAGACCUGCUCGGGAUCCACAAAGACAGGAUGAAGAUUGGAUCCAGCCUCGCUGAUGUGGACCCCAUGCACAUAGACAGGACGGUGCGGUUUGACAGCAUCGGAGGUUUGAGCAGACACAUCUCAGCCCUAAAGGAGAUGGUGGUGUUCCCUCUACUCUACCCAGAGGUCUUUGAGAGGUUCAGGAUACAACCACCCAGGGGCUGCCUGUUCUACGGUCCCCCGGGCACCGGCAAAACCCUCGUAGCCAGAGCUUUAGCCAAUGAGUGCAGUCAGGGAGACAAAAAGGUGUCAUUCUUCAUGAGGAAAGGAGCUGACUGCCUCAGUAAGUGGGUUGGAGAAUCUGAGAGACAGUUACGUCUGCUGUUUGACCAGGCAUAUCAGAUGCGGCCGUCCAUCAUUUUCUUUGAUGAGAUUGAUGGUUUGGCUCCAGUCAGGUCCAGCCGUCAGGACCAGAUCCACAGCUCCAUCGUGUCGACCCUCCUGGCUCUUAUGGAUGGAUUAGACAGUAGAGGAGAAGUAGUUGUGAUUGGAGCAACAAACAGACUGGAUUCCAUUGACCCGGCUCUGAGAAGACCAGGACGCUUCGACAGAGAGUUCCUCUUUGGCCUGCCUGACAGAGAGGCAAGAAAAGACAUUCUGAAGAUCCAUACCAGACAAUGGGCUCCUCCACCUUCUGAUGCUUUUCUGGAGGAAGUGGCAGAUAAAUGUGUUGGUUACUGUGGAGCGGACAUUAAGGCGGUGUGCUCAGAGGCAGCCCUGUGUGCGCUGCGCCGUCGCUACCCACAGAUCUACUUCUCAUCACAGAAACUUGUACUUGAUGUCAACUCCAUUUCCAUCACUAACAAAGAUUUUAUGUCAGCCAUGUCCAAGAUGGUACCUGCUGCCCAGAGGGCGGUAGUGUCACCAGCCAAGGCUUUGAUACCUGCCAUUCGUCCACUGCUGAACGCCGCCCUGCAGAGUGUCCUCCUCACUGUCAGCAGAGUGUUUCCGCACGCUGAGACAGGCUUAAAGAGAAAGAGGGAGAAAGAUGUAGCCUGUGUUGUGUCUGAUGAUGAUCUGAUGUUUAGUGAGGAGGAGGACUCUGAGGUCUGCCCCAUUGGUCAGACCUCCCACUCCCACCUCAAAACACCUGCUAAUGGCCUCCUAAACCUCCACAGAAGCGUGUUGAGCCAGCCCACAUCCUACCGUCCUCGGAUGUUGCUAGAGGGCAGACCAGGCUCAGGUCAGAGCUCUCACCUGGCUCCUGCUGUUCUCCACGCUCUGGAGAAAUUCACUGUGUACACACUGGACAUGGCCGUGCUGUUUGGAGCCAGUGCAGCUGCACCAGAAGAGACGUGUGCUCAGAUUUUUGUUGAAGCCAAGCGGACCUCCCCCAGUAUCCUGUACAUCCCUCACAUCGGACAGUGGUGGGAAACAGUUGGUCCUGCUUUAAGAGCUACCUUUCUGAGCCUCUUGAGCUCCAUCCCAGCUUUCUCUCCUAUCCUGCUGCUGGCUACCUGCAACCUCCCUUAUUACCAACUCAGUACUGAGGUACAGGAACUGUUUCGGCCUGAGUACGGAGAGGUUUUCCAUGUCCAGGUUCCCACCAGCAGAGAAAGAAGAGACUUCUUUGAGGAUCUAAUCCUCAACCAGGCUGCUAAGGUCCCCGCAUCAAAAAAGAAAGCUGUGAUUCAUGCAUUGGAAGUGCUUCCAGUUGCCCUUCCACCACCUCCACGUCAGCUAACAGAAGAGGAGACUCAGCGCUUGGAGGAGCAGGAAGAAGACACUCUUAGGGAGCUUCGCCUUUUUUUGCGUGAUGUCACCAACCGUCUGUCCCAAGAUAAACGCUUCAAGGCUUUUACAAAGCCUGUGGAUUUAGAGGAGGUUCCAGAUUAUGCAGAAGUGAUUAAGAAACCUAUGGACCUGUCAACGGUUCUCUCUAGGAUAGACCUCCAUCAGUACGGAACAGUCAGAGAGUUUCUUCAGGAUGUGGAUCUCAUCUGGCAGAAUGCUCUUGAAUACAAUCCAGACAGGGAUCCCUCAGAUCGUCAGAUACGCCACAGAGCCUGUGCACUGAAGGACACUGUCCAUGCUAUCAUCAAAGAUGAACUGGAUGAGGAUUUUGAGAAAAUUUGUGAGGAGAUCAAGGAGUCACGCAUGGCAAGAGGAUGCUCCACUGCACGAUUUACUCCCUCCUUCUACUAUGUCCUUCCCAAACACCCCAAAUCUCCUGUUGAGGCCAAGAUCAUUGACAGUAACUCACAAAAGGAGCUGAAUGGAACCACAGUUCCAGUUACUCCUAAUCCAUGUUCCUCUGCUUUUACAACACCCAGAAGUGCAGCCCAAAAGAAGAAACGUAGGAAAAGCCGAUGGUCCAACGGCUACUUAGCAAAAAAGAAGUCCUCCUCUCCUCACGUGUCCAAAGAUGAUGCACAGCUCAGGUCUGAUGAGGAGGAGGACGAUGGAGAUGAUGAGGAUGAAGUUGAAAAAGCAGGAGCUGAGGGUGAUGAAGCAGAGGAGGAUCAGAGACUAGCUGAUGCAGAGUCAGAACCUGCAACAACUCCCAUAGGUAGUUUUGGCCCUUCUGCAAAUGUGCAGAGCAGUCAAGAGGAGGAGGAGGGGAGAAUGGAGAAGCAAGCAGCUCCCGAAGAUGACGUUGCCUCGUGUGAGAAAGGAAAACUGGAAAAUCAAAACCAGAUGCAGAAUGAAGAAAAAAAGGUGGACAGGGCUGUCACGCAUCAGUUGGAAGAAAAUAAGCCAUUAGGACAGGAAACGGAAGAGAACCAUGAAACUCUGUCAGUGAACACUAACAAGGACAGCCGCACUGAGACUGAAGCAGAGAACCAGCACCCCCACACUGAAGACGCACUAACUCUAAAUCUGUCAGAAACUCAGACUGAGCAGAGUUGGUGUAUGGGACAGCAAGAAAACAUCAAGGUGGUUACAGAAGAGGAGGCAGAGCAGAACAUCCCUGCUGAGCCACUGGAGGUGGAAGCAACAGAAACCUCAACCACAGAUGCCUCUGCAACUGCCAGGGGAGAGGAGGACACAGGCACAGAGCGGAACAUAAGGAGAAUGACUCGGGCUCUAAAAAAUGCUGUGCUGCAGCAGCAGAUGAUCGAUGUGGACAAAGCUCUGCAGAUCCUGGAUGAGGAAACUCCUCCUCUAGUUGUGGACAAAGACAAAUUAAAGGUGCUGUUGGAGCGGGUACUAACCAAAACAGAAGGCUACGAGGUCUAUAAGUUGGAGAAACUGUAUGCUCUCCUCUGCCAGAGCAUCUAUAGACACAGACGAGACUACAACAAAACUGCACUAAUACAGGAGAUGGAGCAAGAAAUUGAAGACUUCUGUUGACAUUUCCACGUGAAGAGCAAAAGCAUUUUUAAUAGUUAUUUCCAUCCUUCCAGCUGUGUAAAUAUAAAAUAAGAUUGGGUCUAUUUUCAUAGAAAUCUGCACGCACCUAUACUUGCAUAACCCAAUACUUUGUA